UGUAUGAUGGUGAAGUUUGUUUUACAAUCCAAACGAAUGCGUUGAAACGAGGCGAAAUAAUGAGGGUCGAAAACUCGACGUCUACUUUUAUAUGCUUGUUUCGACGCAGGCAACCAAUCAGAAGCCCCGAAAGAAUAGGAAAAGCAAGAAUGGCAAGAAGAAAGCACCCCUCGUGCGGGUAUAAAAGUGGCAGUCCGCCAGCGGAAGGCAUCAGUUUCAUUACAACCGUAGUCGAACACCGAACUAAACAUACAAAAUGACUGGCCGUGGUAAGGGAGGCAAAGGACUAGGAAAAGGAGGCGCUAAGCGUCAUCGCAAGGUUUUGCGUGAUAACAUCCAGGGUAUCACCAAGCCCGCCAUCCGUCGUUUGGCUCGUCGUGGUGGAGUCAAGCGUAUCUCUGGUCUUAUCUACGAGGAAACCCGUGGAGUGCUGAAGGUAUUCCUGGAAAAUGUCAUUCGUGAUGCUGUUACCUACACUGAACACGCCAAGCGUAAAACCGUAACCGCCAUGGAUGUUGUCUACGCUCUGAAGCGUCAGGGACGUACUCUGUACGGUUUCGGAGGUUAAAUCGUAUCCAUAUUUCCGCUCUCAAAACGGCCCUUUUCAGGGCCACCAAACACAUUCCCAAAAGAGUUAUCAGGUCAAAAUUCAAUUACUAAUAGCAGUCUGCCAUCGUACGGUGUUAUGUAUCCAACAAGCAAGUUUUUGAUUGCCGUCAUGAACGACUCGUAAACCCCUCCUCCCGACACAUUCUCCGUUUCAUUCGUAGCCAUCAGGCUGUGUGUUUUGUUGUUGCUCUAGAGUUCAGAUAAGUUUAUUCCUGUUUUCCAAGUUUACGCUGUAUUAGCAGAGCGAAUACGAUUAGCAGCUCGACGAAAUCUCAAGAAACAGUUACUACCUAAAUCGUUCGUUUUGACGCCUUCAACUAUCCACACAAGUUCCAUCUAGCUUCAUACCACUCACGUGCAUGCAUCUCCUACCCGGACUUCAUUGCCAGGUAGCAAUCGUUCGUGCUGAUUCUGCAUAACUGUUGUUGUUGGGCAUGCAUCUCCUACCCGUGUCAUUCGUAGCCAUCAGGCUGUGUGUUUUGUUGUUGCUCUAGAGUUCAGAUAAGUUUAUUCCUGUUUUCCAAGUUUACGCUGUAUUAGCAGGGCGAAUACGAUAACCAGCUCGGCGAAAUCUCAAGAAACAGUUACUACCUAAAUCGUUCGUUUUGACGCCUUCAACUAUCCACACAAGUUCCAUCUAGCUUCAUACCACUCACGUGCAUGCAUCUCCUACCCGGACUUCAUUGUCAGGUAGCAAUCGUUCGUGCUGAUUCUGCAUAACUGUACCAUUCCGUUUUUGCUUGUUUUGCUUAACUUCAUUUUUUUCGGUAUGCGUUGUUGAGCAUCUGGCGCAUACCACCGUGCAGUGAUUGAUUGUAUAUAAUGAAUGUGUGUCAUCAUAUUUCAC